AUGUUUUCCAAAGCGCAACCUGAGGCGUUGGCGACAGGCGAGCCAUGGACGAAAUAUGGAGAUGGUAAUAUUGCUAUGGAGACACUGCUCAGGCAAUCCGAAAACUCAACACUCAACGUUGAAGUGACCGAGGUGUUCCAGAAUAAUCAGUCCAGGGUAGAGACCGCCUCCGUGAAAGACGUACAGUCUUUAGAGACUGCCCCUUCUGAUCAAGUCCUUCGAAUUCUAUUUAGAAGCGUCUCGAGACUGUCUGCACCAGCGAUCAGAUUGCUGGGCACAAAACUCAACAUGGACUACGAGCUUUGGACCAACCGUCUCCAAAGUAGCGAUAGAGAGUGGUUUGCUGGGCCCCUUCUCGAAAGAGGCGCAAAGGAAUUCUCGCAUUUCAAUCUUGCUUGCGUAGAAUUCCAAAGGGCAACACCUCAGACCCCUGAUUACUUCACAGACAGCCGAAAGCUUAGUCAUACGACAGAAGAUUCAACGGACGACCAGUUGAUGGACGCUGCUCCGUGGCUGCAUCGGCGGUUUCUCCUGAGCAUCGACUACUUCCAGCAUCAACUUCGAUAUCACAACCGCUACGUAGACUACCUCACGAAUGCGGGUACCCAAAAGGGGUAUUACAUCGUGCCGACUUCCUUCAAGAAGGAUUUGCAGCAAGAGUAUGACGCCCUAAAAGUCGUCGAUCAGCGACUCAAAGCUUUGCGUGACCGUACGACUGCUGUAUUGGAAACAAUUCUCAAUAUCAAUACUAUAAAGCAGGCGAAACUCGCGGGUGAGAUGACCAGGCUGCAGCGUGAGGACUCUAGAGUCACGAUAGCCCAAGGCGAGACGCUGAAACGACUGACUCUACUCAACAUGAUGUACCUACCGCCCACUUUUGCCGCAACUUUGUUCGGCAUGAACAUUGCCGAGCACUGGUCUCUGAAAGCUUUCAUCGGAUGGGCAAUCGCAUUCAUGGUCAUAACGAUGAUUUUCGCGUGGAGGUGGAAAGUGCGGGAGAACCAGAGAUUGGAUGCAACUCAGCCGGUCAAUUCCAAAACCAGCCCAGAUUGGGGCUAUCUUCGGAACGCUAGUAACAGGAUCAAGGUGUGGAGAAAAGCUAAGGUGGUGGGGAACAGGGGCGUGCCAUAA